AUGGGUGUGAACAACAAAGAACCUGAAACAAUCUCACUUUGUGAUAUGGUGGAUGACUUAGUACAUGAUGAGUCAAAAAUAAAUGAAGAUCAAAAUAAUGCAGACUUGUCAUUGGAUGAUUCAAAUCAACCUUUUUCAUGCAAUAGGCAUUCAGAACCACAUCUUGAUAUGGUAUUUGAAAACUUAAAGGCUGCUCGUGCAUAUUAUAAUGCAUAUGUAAGGCGAAAGGGUUUUAGUAUACAAGUAAAUCAUACUCGAAAGAAUAAAGAUAAAAUAAGGGUUGGAAUUGAAUAUGUUUGUUCGAAGGAAGGAUUCCGUCGUCAAUGUAACGAAGACAAUGAAAGAACAGGUUCAGAGCGUGCAGAAACAAGAGUGGGAUGCAAAGCAAUGAUAGGUUUAAAGAAAUUUGAUGAUACAUGGAUUGUAUGUAAGUUUGUGGAGGGUCAUAAUCAUGAGCUUCUUACCCCUAAGAGUACAAGUUUGCUUCGUGGACAUAGAGUGAUAACAAGUGCCCAAAAGAAUCUUAUAGAUACACUCAAUGAGUCAAGUAUAGCCCCAAGCAAGAUAAUGUCUAUGUUAAGUAAAGAAUCUGGUGGUGAUUAUAAUGUUGGAUGUUUUGUUUAUGCGAUUGAAGUUGAUGAAUAUGGGUGCAUAGGGGUUAACCACCAUCAUCAAUCUGUGAUGUUUGGCUGUGCUUUGCUUGUCAAUGAAACAGCAGAAUCUUGUACAUGGUUGUUGAAGACUUGGCUUAAUGCAAUGAGUGGAAAUCCUCCUUCUACAAUUAUAACAGACGAUGACAAGACUAUGGCUAAGGCAAUUGCAAAUGUAUUGCCAAAUGCAACUCAUAGAUUGUGUAUGUGGCAUCUUUUAUAG